AACAUAAACUUUUAUAAAAAACGAAGGAGCGUAAAAACAAAAAUGUCGAGUGAUGAGUUCAGGUUGGUUUCGCCGACGAUAGACAAUGAUGGGAAGCUGCCGAGAAAGUAUACGAAGGGAGGCCAAGGUGUUCAGAAGAAUCUCUCUCCUCCUCUCGAAUGGUAUAACGUUCCCGAAGGUACAAAAUCACUAGCCUUGGUGGUGGAGGACAUAGAUGCGCCAGACCCUAGUGGACCGCUCGUGCCAUGGACGGUAUGGGUAGUCGUGGACAUACCGCCUGAGAUGAAAGGUUUUCCGGAAGCAUUUUCCGGUAAGGAAGACCAGACCGCUGGUAUUCGGGAGGGGAAUAACGACCACAAGAUUCCGGGAUGGCGUGGUCCCCUCAUGCCUAGCCAUGAUCACCGUUUCCAGUUCAAGCUCUUUGCUCUCGAUGAUAAACCAAAUCUUGGUCAUACGGUGACGAAAGAGAGAUUGUUGGAUGCUAUUGAAGGCCACGUGCUAGGAGAAGCGAUCUUGACGUGUGUGGCCUAAACACUUUGCGGAUACUUAAAUACUAUAAGUGAUAUACGUGGACGAUCAUAUCAUAUGCGAAUGUACUCAUGGAUUUUUUU